AUGAGUUGGACUCAAGAUUAUUGCACAGUUUGCGACAAGCAGUGCCCUUCGGGCAACAUGUACUGCUCUCGCGAAUGUCUUGAAGCCGAAGCUUCUCCGCAGGGCUCCAAGUCCUCGGACUCGUCGCGCCGCCGAUCAAGUGGGAGUUCCGGUCUCAAACUCCUGGAUGCCGAAGCAAAAGCGACAAUCAACGCUGCGCCCAGUUCGAAUGCGCAAACUUUACUGAUUCGCCAAGAAGACAAGUUUCUGUACGAUUCGCCACUGCUCAAACCGCAGCAAACUUCGCUCUCGGUAUCUCCUCCCCUGUCACCUUUGUUGAUUGCACAGGGCAACGGGGAUGUCAAUUUGGGCGCUUCGGUUGGUCGUUUGAGCCAAAGCUCCUCGAGCUAUCGCCGGUGGCUUCAGAAUGAAAAUUAG